AUGUCAUAUAAAGCUGCGGCUUUCCGAACGAAAAGCCAUUUGGUGAGACAGUUGUCUGUAUCGACUUCGAAGCCUCGAAGAGUCAUAGCGAUACGGAGGGAAGAUCAAUCAGUAUGGGAAAGACGUGCCCCCUUUUCUCCGGCGAAUGUGAACAGGCUGGUGCGGCAGGGAGUGAAGGUUAUAGUACAACCCUCCAACAGGCGUGCAUAUCCAAUGCAGUCUUAUCUAAACGCCGGCGCAAUAAUUCAAGAAGACAUCAGCGAAGCGAGCGUCAUAUUCGGGGUGAAACAGACGCCCAUCGACCUCCUCAUACCGAACAAGACUUACUGCUUCUUCUCCCACACUAUUAAAGCGCAAGAGGCGAACAUGCCAAUGCUGGAUGCCAUUCUAGCAAAGAAUAUACGAUUGAUAGAUUAUGAGAAGUUGAUGGACGGUGCUGGGAAUCGAGUGGUGGCCUUCGGUAAAUAUGCUGGUGUCGCUGGCAUGAUCAAUAUACUGCACGGUCUUGGAUUGAGGCUCCUCGCUUUGGGACACCACACGCCGUUUAUGCAUGUCGGCCCAGCGCACAACUACAGAAACUCCAGCAUGGCGCGUCAAGCUAUCCGUGACGCGGGCUACGAGGUGGCCCUCGGGAUGAUGCCGAAGUCCCUAGGACCACUUACUUUCGUCUUCACCGGUUCGGGGAACGUGUCCCAGGGAAGUCAAGAGAUAUUCCAAGAGCUUCCGCACGAGUACGUACCGCCCGAGAUGUUGCGGAAAGUGGCUGAGCAUGGCAGUCCGAACAAAAUUUAUGGCUGCGAAGUAAGGCGCCGUCAUCACCUAGUGAGGAAGAACGGAGGCGGCUAUGACCAUCAGGAAUACGAGGAGCAUCCUGAACGUUACAUCUCUACUUUCGCGCAGACGAUAGCGCCCUACACGUCCGUUCUCGUGAACUGCAUCUAUUGGGCGGUAGACAGUCCGAAACUGCUGACUAUACCAGAUGCGAAGCAUUUAUUCCUGCCAUCGCACACUCCGUGGCUGCCGAAGAGUGUCGGAGCCCCGGCUCUACCGCACAGAAUGCUGGCCAUUUGCGACAUAUCGGCGGACCCCGGGGGCUCGAUAGAGUUCAUGAACGAAUGCACCACUAUCGACACACCGUUCUGUCUCUACGACGCGGACAGAAACAAGGACACUAAAAGUUUCAAAGGUCCCGGGGUCCUGGUGUGCUCCAUAGACAACAUGCCGACCCAGCUACCGAGAGAGUCCACUGAUUUCUUCGGAGACCUACUGUACCCAUAUGCGGACGACAUCAUGAAGUCUGAUGCCAGUAAGCCGCUUGACGAGCAUGACUUCUCGCCCGUGGUUAAAGGCGCCAUAAUUACAAGCAACGGCAAGCUGACGCCCUCUUUCGAGUACAUCAAUGAACUCCGUAUGACCAAUACGCGUUCGCGUCAUAAGGUCGAGGGUCACGAGCAGCAGACACCCGUGCUGAUCCUCGGCAGUGGGCUGGUCUCUGCGCCGGUUGUGGAGUACUUGGCGAGGGAUAAGAACGUCGCUGUCACUAUUGCGUCGCAGGUGAAGGAGGAGGCGGACGCGCUCGCCGAGCGCUACGGGGUCCGCUCCGAGUACGUCCAGGCGAGCGACGACGCGGCAUUAAAGGCGCUGGCUUCGAGCUCGCGGCUGGUCGUCUCGCUGCUGCCAUACGACCUCCACGGCGCGGUGGCGCGCGCCUGCAUCGGCGCCGGCGUGCACAUGGUCACCGCCUCAUACGUCAGGCCCGAGGUGCAGGAGCUGCACGACUCUGCUAAGGAAGUUGGCGUGACGCUUCUAAAUGAGGUCGGUCUAGACCCUGGCAUCGAUCACCUCUUAGCCCUGGAGUGCAUUCACAACAUCCAGAGCCACGGCGGGAGAAUUGAUUCCUUCGUGUCGUACUGUGGAGGUCUUCCUGCACCCGAAUUCAGCGACAAUGCGUUGCGCUACAAAUUCUCUUGGAACCCUCGAGGCGUUCUACUGAACACGAUUUCCAGUGCAAAAUACUUGAGCAGGGGUCAGAUCGUAGAGGUGCUGAGCGGCGGGGAACUGAUGUCCGUGGCUCGCGACCUGGACUUCCUCCCCGGCUUCGCCUUCGAGGGCUUCCCCAACAGGGACAGCACGAAGUACGCCGAGCUCUACGGCAUCGAUGAUGUGCACACCAUGUUUAGGGGAACCAUCCGCUAUAAAGGUUUUGCUGAAACAAUGAAGGCGAUGCAAUUGUUCGGCUUAGUAGACCCCAACCCACAUCCCUCUCUUCACCCUGAGGGGCCUUCAAUCACAUGGCGCCAGUUCGCAUGCGAGUUGCUCGGCCUCCUCGACACGUCGAUCUUCUAUGAGAAUCUCAAGGGUCGGCUGUCUGAGAGGAUCGGCGUGUCGGGCGCCCAAGCGCUGGAAUCUCUGGGGCUCUUGAGCGACGACAACGUCGUCAAGUGCGGAACUCCGCUGGACACUAUCAGCCAUUACCUCGGCAAGCGUCUGCAACUGGAAAAAGACGAAACGGACUUCGUGGUGCUGCGGCACGAGGUGGGCGUGACCUGGAGCGACGGUCGCCGCGAGCGGCGCGAGGUGACCAUGACCGUCCGCGGCGACCCCGGCCGCCACACCGCCAUGGCGUGGACGGUCGGCCUGCCCACCGCCAUCGCCGCCAAGAUGUUGCUCGACGGUGAAAUACAAGACAGGGGAGUCGUUUUACCCUUCUCUCCCACAGUCUACAAAUCUCUGCUCUCCAGACUAAGAGCGGACGGUAUAACUGCCAAGGAGACGGCGGGUCGCGAGACCGGGCGGUGCAUGUCGGUGGCGGCGAUGCAGGCCCUGCACCGGCUGCGCGAGUGCCGGCUGCUCUGCGACGCCGUGGUGCGGGCCGACGACGGCGCCGCCUUCCCGGUGCACCGCGCGAUACUCUCCGCUUGCAGCCCCUACUUCCUGGCGCUGUUCACGACCACGCUUCACUCGCGCGAGCAGAGCGACGUGCUCAUCUCCGGGGUCCGCUCUGAGAUACUGCUGCUGCUGAUCGAGUACGCGUACCUGAGGCGCAUCGAUGUCACCGACGCCAACGUCCACGAGCUGCUCAUGAGCGCCGACUACCUCGCGUUCCUCGGCGUCCUCCAGCUGUGCUGCGACCACUUGCGCGCCUCGCUCAGCCCGCGCAACUGUCUCGGUAUCAUGAUGUUCGCCAGGCGUGUGUUCUGCUACAAACUAGAAGCGGACGCCCGCCGUUACCUGUUGAGGUAUUUCUUAACGGUUGCGACGCAGAGCGACGAAUUCCUCCACCUGCCAAUCGACGAGCUCACCGCGAUCAUUCUGGAGGACGAGCUUAACGUCAAAAGCGAGGAGGCGGUGUGGGACGCCGUGCUGCGCUGGGUCAACUAUGAGCCCGACAUACGCUGGCAGCACACGGUCAAACUGAUGAGCGGCAUACGCCUGGGACUGUUGGAUACGCAGUUUUUUUUAGAGAACGUGAAAGACCACCCGUACGUGACUGGCAACGAGGGCUCGCGUCCGAUCAUCAUCGAAACGUUGAAGUUUCUUUACGACCUGGAGAUGAUCGCGCAGAGGGACGGCGAAGUCGCCACGCCGGAGAUAGCACGGCCGAGGGUUCCGCACGAGGUCCUUUUUGCUAUUGGUGGAUGGAGCGGUGGUUCACCGACCGCCUUCAUCGAAACCUACGACACACGAGCCGAUCGCUGGAUUAAGGUGGAAGAGGUGGACCCGGCUGGGCCGCGAGCCUACCACGGCACCGCCGUACUCGGCUACUGCAUCUACGUCAUCGGCGGCUUCGACGGCAUGGACUACUUCAACUCCUGCCGUUGCUUUGACGCCGUCGUGAAGACCUGGAGGGAGGUGGCACCGAUGAACGCGCGCCGUUGCUACGUAUCCGUUGCCGUGCUGGGCGAGACGAUCUACGCGAUGGGCGGCUACGACGGUCACCACCGGCAGAACACCGCCGAGCGGUUCAACCAUCGCACCAACCAGUGGUCGCUGGUUGCGCCAAUGAACGCGCAGCGGUCGGACGCCAGCGCCGCCGCUUUGGACAAUAAGAUAUACAUAACGGGCGGUUUCAACGGGCAGGAGUGCAUGAACAGCGUCGAAGUGUACGAUCCGGACACUAAUCAGUGGACCAACCUGGCGCCGAUGCGCUCGCGACGCUCCGGAGUUUCCUGCAUCGCCUACCACAACAAAAUUUACGUGAUAGGCGGCUUCAACGGCAUCUCGCGGAUGUGCAGCGGCGAGGUGUACGACCCAGCCACGAACUCGUGGUCCCCUGUGCCCGACAUGUACAACCCACGCAGCAACUUCGCCAUCGAGGUCAUCGACGACAUGAUCUUCGCGAUCGGCGGCUUCAACGGCGUCACCACCAUAUACCACGUUGAGUGUUACGACGAGAAGACCAACGAGUGGUACGAGGCGACCGAUAUGAACAUCUACCGGUCCGCGCUGUCCGCCUGCGUGAUAAUGGGCCUGCCCAACGUCUACGACUACAUCCACAAGCACCGCGAGCGGCUGAUGGAGGAGAAGCGCCAGAAGAUCCUGCUCUCGGAGACGGCGAGGCACGCACAGCACCGCACCGCGCUGCCAGACGUACACCUAAUGGAGGACAAUGACGAUAUGCUAGAGCAACUGGGUCUGAUGGAGCAUCAUGCAAACAACAACAACAACAAUAAUAAUAACAACAACAACAACCUAGCGAUACCGCCGCCGCCUCCACCGCCCUUGCCGCCGCAGCCAAUGGAGCAGGACAGAAAC